CAGUAGAAACAGGAAGUGGGACCAAAACAAAGGAGCGGCGGCUGGGAGCGGACCUACCUCUCGUUUCUCUUCCGCGUACGUUUGGACCCUGGCCGCCCACCCCAAGGAGCCAUCCGACUAUGUCCAACAUGGAGAAACACCUGUUCAACCUAAAGUUCGCGGCCAAAGAACUGGGCAGGAGUGCCAAAAAAUGCGAUAAGGAAGAAAAGGCUGAAAAGGCCAAAAUUAAAAAGGCCAUCCAGAAGGGCAACAUGGAAGUUGCGAGAAUACACGCCGAAAAUGCCAUCCGCCAGAAGAACCAGGCAGUGAAUUUCUUGAGAAUGAGUGCGCGGGUCGAUGCAGUGGCCGCCAGAGUGCAGACGGCGGUGACGAUGGGCAAGGUGACCAAGUCGAUGGCUGGUGUGGUUAAGUCGAUGGACGCGACAUUGAAGACCAUGAAUCUGGAGAAGAUCUCUGCCUUGAUGGACAAAUUCGAGCACCAGUUUGAGACGCUGGAUGUCCAGACGCAGCAAAUGGAAGACACGAUGAGCAGCACGACGACGCUGACCACUCCCCAGAACCAAGUGGAUAUGCUGCUCCAGGAAAUGGCAGACGAGGCGGGCCUCGACCUCAACAUGGAGCUGCCGCAGGGCCAGACCGGCUCCGUGGGCACGAGCGUGGCUUCGGCUGAGCAGGAUGAGCUGUCCCAGAGACUGGCCCGCCUUCGGGAUCAAGUGUGAUGGCAGAACCCACUCUGAGGUUUCCCAGCCGUAUCCACCUUUUGAAAUGCUCUCUGUGUGUUAGAGAGCUGCUGUACCCUCUAGAAACUCUGAACGUGCUACAACGCUGAAAUGCCCUUGUACCUUUGGGUUUAUGGCCCUCUCCAGAUACAUUAAGAAAUCCCAGUCUUUCUCCACUCUUAACUGGAUUUCAAAGUUCUGUAUAGCGUGUGAUGAUGUGUAUUUUUAUAGCUGCCUUUUAACAGAAUUAGUUAAUUUGCUGUAAUGAAUCUUUCUCAGAAAUUUGAUCAAAACUCUAGUUUCCAUGUGUUCAGUUUUCUGCCCAAAAUUAUGAAAUUGAAGGUGGUGGGCUUUUUUAGUUUAGUGUGAUUGAUAAUAUUUAGAAUGACAGGUGGUGCAUAAAAGGGGAAUAAGUACUUAGUUUGGUUACACAACUAUAAACACCUCGUUCAACAUACUCAGUGGAUAGUGCUAUUUCUUUAUAUCCUUUGGGGGUUUUUCGUUUUUGCCGUCAAACUCAGAGUUCAUUUGACUGUUGUCAUAACUUAUACAAAAUCUGGUCUCAUAACUUAUACU